UCCUAUUCCCCCAAUAUGAUAUGGAAUUAUGUUUACCUUUCCUGCGCUGCCUUUUGCUUGAAAAGACCUUCCCUUCUCAUAAAGAUGGCCUAAGCAUUUUGGUAAUACAAAUCGUACUGAUGCCGUGAAGAUGCUCAUUUCUUUCGUACGAUGACAUUGUGAUGGUGGGGAUGAACACUCAAUGGCAUUUACGAUAAUAAAGUGCAGAGGCGAGGGCGUUUUCACUUCGUCUUCUGCGCGCCCAUAUUCCCCCCACUCUUCCUGGUCUUUACAUACUCUGCCUUCGUCUUCACUCUCAUCCCUUUCACCUCGCCCAACCAUGGAGCUUCAAACUCCGAGCAAUAAUGGCGGACACGCAGGUUCCUCCAACCCUAACAAUGGCGAAGUCGAUUCUCUCCCUCAUAGUCCUCACGAUUCUCAAGGCCUAUAUGAUGACUUCGAUAGCACCUGUUCUACUCCUUACGUCAGCGCUCCUUCUAGCCCUGGCCGUCCACCCAUUAGCGGCUUUUUUUACAGCGCUCCGGCGAGCCCAAUGCACUUCGCGAUUACUGCUUCUUCCUUGUCUUCGGCUCACUCUUCUUCCUAUGAAAAUAGCACCUCUUCUGUGCCUCUGGGUUACGAGUUUGAAUUCUCGGCAAGGUUUGGCUCAAACGGGUCGGGUACAUGGGGUUCCAUGAGCUCGGCGGACGAGUUGUUCCUGAAUGGGCAGAUCCGACCCAUGAAGCUUUCGACCCACUUGGAGCGCCCUCAGGUUCUUGCUCCCUUGCUGGAUCUGGAAGGAGAAGAGGACGAAGAAGAGGCAGAGGUUCUCGAGUCGCAUGUCAGAGGCAGAGAUCUGAGGCUAAGGGAUAAGUCUGUGCGCAGAAGAACCAGAUCUAUGUCGCCUCUUAGAAACACGCCUCCAGAGUGGGCUGAGAAUGAGGAUGGAUCGCUUGAGGAUUCAAGGUCAGGGAAACAAACGGACAAAAAUGGUGCCCUGGAGAUUGAAGAAAACGAAAGGGAGAAGAUGGACGGGUUGGGGUCAGAGACUACCCCUUCAUCCUCUAGGUCUUCCUCGGCCGGAAGGAGCUCCAAGAGGUGGGUUUUCUUGAAGGAUUUUCUUUACAGAAGCAAAAGCGAAGGCAGGAGUAACAACAAGUUCUGGUCCACUAUUUCCUUCUCCCCCACGAAAGACAAGAAACCAAACAAUCAAAAUCAAAACCCAUCAUCAAAGGACAAGCCGUCUGGUGAAACACAAAAAUCGAAAGCAAAGAAGGCGACCGGUAGGCCUACAAAUGGAGUUGGAAAGAGGCGAGUGCCUCCAUCGCCGCACGAGCUGCAUUACAAGGCGCAUAGAGCUCAGGCCGCGGAACUUCGGAAGAAGACGUUCUUGCCCUACAGGCAGGGGUUGCUUGGGUGCCUUGGCUUUAGUUCAAAGGGAUACGGGGCUAUGAAUGGCUUCGCUAGAGCGUUGAAUCCUGUGUCCUCCAGGUAAAUUACAUUCAUAUUCAUAUUAUUCCUUAUGGGGCUUUAUACAAUUGUACAGAUCCAUUAUUAUUAUCAUCGUCAUCGUCGUCACCACUUUUAGUUCAAUCCCUUCGGGACACGGUUGUAAUAUUUAGACAGAUGUUAGAUCAGGCAGCCCAGAUACGUACUGAUUUCUGAGUCUGCUCUUUCUGGGUUGAGAGGGGUAAAUGAUAUUUCUUCAUUCCCCAUUAUGUAUCCUUGUAGGUGCUGAGAAACCAUGGGCCAUAUUGACGUGUACUCGCAGCAUUUUACUCUUUUACAGUUGGCUGUGCAGUAACUGUAGCUCACAUAUAUCUAUAUUAUUAACUCUAUUUGAUAGAUCCUGUGUUUAAUUUAGAACCCUGUGGAUUCUGUUAUACCUCUUAA